AUGCUGGGAGGGAGCUGCGGGGACCCCCCCCGGAAAAGCCGCGAGGUGACCUAGGACUCAGGACCCAGGAGCAUGACGCUUGAGGGGCAGGAGGCAGCUGGCCCACCACGAGCAACCCCGCUGCCCACAGCCAAUGGCAGUGGGCCAAGCCAGGAACUGGAAGGCCAUUGGCCAGAAGUCCCGGCGCCGUCCCCUUGUGUGGCUGGCGUCAUCCCUGUCAUCUACUACAGCACCCUGCUGGGCCUGGGGCUGCCUGUCAACCUCCUGACCACAGUGGCCUUGGCCCGGCUGGCCACCAGGACCAGGAAGCCCUCCUACUAUUACCUUCUGGCACUCACGGCCUCAGAUAUCGUCACCCAGGUGGUCAUCGUGUUCGUGGGUUUCCUCCUGCAGGGGGCAGUGCUGGCCCGGCAGGUGCCCCGGGCUGUGGUGCGCUCUGCUAACAUCCUGGAGUUUGCCGCCAAUCAUGCCUCAGUCUGGAUUGCUGUCCUGCUCACCGUGGACCGCUACAGCGCCCUGUGCCACCCCCUGCAGCACCGGGCCACCUCGUCCCCAGGCCGGACGCGCCGGUCCAUCGCCACUGUCCUCAGUGUCUCUGUGCUGACCGGCAUCCCCUUCUACUGGUGGCUGGACGUGUGGAGGGACGUGGACCCCCCCAGCAUGCUGGAUGAGGUCCUCAAGUGGGCUCACUGCCUCACGGUCUAUUUUAUCCCUUGUGGCGUCUUUCUGAUCACCAACUCGGCCAUCAUCUGCCGGCUGCGGAGGCGGAGCCCGAGUGGGCAGCGGCCCCGGGUGGGCAAGAGCACAGCCAUCCUCCUGGGCAUCACCACACUCUUCGCCCUCCUUUGGGCUCCCCGGAUCUUCGUCAUGCUCUACCACCUGUAUGUGGCCCCUGUCCACCGGGACUGGAGGGUCCACCUGGCCUUGGACGUGGCCAACAUGGCGGCCAUGCUCAAUACCGCGGUCAACUUUGGCCUCUACUGCUUUGUCAGCAAGACUUUCCGGGCCACCGUCCGAGAGGUGUUCCAUGACGCCCACCUGCCCUGCACGCUGGGGUCACGGCCGGAGGGCCUGAUGGUGGGCCUUGCCUUAAAGCCCCCAGGACUUCCCAAAGGAGCAGGACCAUAGAGGCAGGGCCCAGCAGGGCAAGAGCUACUGCUGCCCUUGUGGUGUCCUCGAAAAACUUUAUCAACACCCUACUUUGCCACCUGAGGGCGGGGCAGGGAAGGCUCCUUCCUGUGGGGGCGGCUCCCCAUGUGCAGGGGUGUCCAAUUUAUCCAACUCUCAAAUUAGCUGCACCAACAAUUUCCACUUACUGGCACAAGGAGAAGCCUCUUCUAGGCAUAGGCUAACAGUGUCAGCUGCUCUGGACAUUCCUUCAUGAGGGACAUUUCACCUGGCAUGUUAUGAAGGCCAGAUCAACGGGGGCCGGAUGAAUGAAUGAAAGGCAAGAUGGAUGGGUGGAUG